AUGGUCCUGGGACACCGCAAGAACUCGGUCAACUCGACCCGGUCGUCCGUCGAGGCCGGCCGGCCCAGCGAAGACGAUGGAGGGGAUGAGACAGUCGUGAGCGACGAGCAGGGAAGCGUCCUGUCACACAUCAUCUCCCAGCUUCGCCCAGGAGCAGACCUUUCGCGAGUCACGCUGCCAACGUUCAUCCUGGAGCCUAGAUCGAUGCUGGAGCGCAUAACCAACUUCAUGGCGCACCCAGAGACACUUCUACACAUACCGACCAUCGACGACCCUGUGGAGCGCUUUGUAGCAGUCACCAAGUUCUACCUCGCAGGAUGGCACAUCAAACCGCCAGGCGUCAAGAAGCCACUGAACCCAAUUCUGGGUGAAGUCUUCACGGGCUAUUGGGACUACCCAGAUGGCACGAAAGGCUACUAUGUCUCCGAACAGACCUCACAUCACCCUCCAAAGUCCUCUUACUUUUACAUGGCACCCGAGCACCACAUCAGGAUCGACGGCACACUGAAACCGCGUAGCAAGUUUCUCGGAAACAGCGUUGGAUCAUUCAUGGAAGGCAUAGCAGUUAUGCGGUUUCUCAACAGAGGUGAACGAUACUUCGUCACCCAGCCGAACAUGUAUGCUCGCGGCAUUCUCUUCGGUAAGAUGAAGUACGAGCUUGGCGACCACGCAAUUGUCCGAUGUCCAGAAACCGGUCUCGAAGUCGACAUUGAGUUCAAAGUCAAGGGAUGGGUCGGCGGAGGCUACAACGCAAUAGCUGGCUACAUCAACGACACCAAGACCAACAAACACCUCUACGAGCUGAGUGGACACUGGCACGAGAAGAUGUACAUCAAAGACCUGGCAACAGGCAAGAAAGAGCUGUUCUUCGACGCCUCGCAUGCGAAACCAAGCUUUCCAAAAAGCCGGCCGCUGGAAGAGCAGGCACCAAGAGAAAGCCAGAAACUAUGGAACAACACCACACAGGCGAUCAAGAAGGCGGACCAGAAGACAGCAACUGACGAAAAGUCUCGGAUAGAAGACGAGCAACGACGGGAAGCUGCAGAAAGAGGUGAAGGACACACAUGGAAACCGAAGCUCUUCAAGCAAGCACCCCCAGGUGACGAAGAGAGCUUGGAUUGGAUAAUUGAAGCACAAGUCGAUGACAAGGCACCGCCUGAGAAGCAGAUCGAACAGAUUCUCGCGAUUGCACCCAUACUUCCAGGACAGGGCAUGGACAACAAGCAAUUCCAGAAAGACGAACAGUUGCCAUCACAGCAAGGCAAGCCAGAACCAUCGCAGCAAGAAACACAAUCACGCCCACAACAGCAGGCUCAGCAAGCCCAGCAAACCCAGCAACCAACAUCACAACUUGAUCAGGCACCACAGAUAGCUGCAUCAGGCAACUUGAUCGACAUCGAACAUGGUCUUGAGCAGACUCACAUAUCACAACCGGCGCAACCAGCACCGGCACAACCGCAGGAGGGCCACCAACCUAUUCAGUUCGCACCAGCAGAUGGUCUACAGCAACCACUUGUACCAACAAAGUCCGAGACAAACAGCCACGGACCCAGAGUACCUGGCAAGUACGGCGAGGGAGGCAUUCACCGCAUGGACAGCAUAGACGGAGAGGACGUCUUCCACGACGCGGAAUCAUAG